AAAAUCAGUUCCAACACUUAAAAGGAAGCUUGCAUAAGCAUGGAGAUGCUGGCUUCUUCUCUACAAACGCUCCCAUCUCCAUUGCCAACCACAACAACUUGUUCAUCAGAAUCUUCAUGUAAAACUUCAGUUUCCACAAGGAGAAGAGCAGUUGUCUCUGCUUCAACUGCUGCGAUGGCUUCUUUACUCCAAUUUUCAAACCCCAUUUCUCCUCUAUGUUCUGCCAUCGCCCUGCAACCACAACAAGUGGAACUUGAUCAAGAAGGAGAUAGACUUGUUCAUCUGUUCCAGGAAACCUCACCAUCGGUUGUGUUUAUUGAAGACCUUGAGUUAGCUAAAAUCCCAAAGAGUUCUUCCAAGGAAGAUACGGUUUCCCAGGAUGAAGAUGCAAAAGUUCAAGGGACAGGUUCUGGCUUCAUCUGGGACAAGUUUGGUCAUAUUGUUACUAAUUACCAUGUUGUGGAUAAAUUGGCUACCGAUCAAACUGGGUUGCAACGAUGUAAGGUGUUUCUGGUUGAUGCUAGAGGGACUAGCUUUACCAAACAAGGGAAACUUAUUGGCAUUGAUCCAGCCUAUGAUUUAGCUGUUUUAAAGUUUUUCUUCUUGCUUUGAAAUUAUUUCCACCUGCCGGUUGAUGUUGAGGGCUAUGAACUAAAACCAGUUGUGAUCGGCACUUCUCGGGACAUGCGUGUGGGACAGAGCUGUUUCGCCAUCGGAAAUCCCUUUGGAUACGAGAAUACUUUAACAACAGGGGUGGUUAGUGUAUUAGGCAGAGAGAUACCUUCCCCAAAUGGCAGGGCUAUUAGAGGAGCAAUUCAAACAGAUGCUGCCAUUAAUUCAGGUGAACAUUAGCUGGAUUUGAUUUGUAAGCUAACAUCCAAGAAUGUUAUCUCAUUUGCAGACCCAAUAUUACUGUACUCUUGAAGAUCAGCUGUGAUACACCCUAUAUUUCCCUGCAAGCAACUCCGGUGGACCGUUGAUAGAUUCAUACGGUCAUGUCAUUGGUGUUAACACCGCAGCUUUCACUCGAAAAGGGACAGGAAUAUCCUCCGGUGUGAACUUCGCGAUACCGAUCGACACAGUCGUGCGAACGGUACCGUACCUUAUUGUGUAUGGAACCCGAUAUAGCAACAGGUUCUGACACAAUAUAAUCUAUGUUACGAGGACUCUUCAUUUUCGUUUGAGUAUCUAUGUAUAUUACCUAUGUCAAGACUCGAAUUUUACGAAAAUCAUUUUAUCAUUUA